UCUGGGAGAAGGAAUUCCCUUGUUUCUCUCCCAGCUGCACUCUUUCCCAGCACCAUCACAGACUCUGCUCUCCCUUUAAAGAGAGAGGAGGAGCAAAAGGAAGAUGAAUUUACCGCAGUGCAUUUUAUAAUUGAUUCUCGCAUCCAGCUCAGAGGGGAGUGUUUGCUGGCAAGACAGUGCAGAGCUUCACGGUCCUAACGCGACUGUAAACUAGCUCCAGGAAGAAACUCUAGACCCUGCUGCUGCCAGAAGUGAAACUACUCGCCCUGCCCAGUCGCUUGGUGUCUUCCCCCCUCCCACCGUGUGCCGUGCAGCGAUGCAUCCAGCCAGCAGGGGACGGGGUAGGUUCCCUCGGCUGUCAGUCAGUAGGAGCUGCCCGGUUCGGGACGAGCUGAUCGCGAAAUAAGGACUGGCCCUGCGGAGAGCAGAGUACAGAGAGCUGGAGUGUCCAGCCCUGGCCCUGUACCCUGCCUGGAAGCAUCGUCUGCUCGGUAUCUUCCUGCCCCCAUCCCCAGCCGGUUAAUCCCGCCUCAUCUCCCGCGAAGAACUGCUUGCUAACUUCGGCGCCGACGCCAGGUCUGCCUGCACGUCCUGGGCAGGAUGGGGGUCGCUGCAUCCCCUCUCUGCCCCGGGGGCAGCCAGCCCCCUCCUCUUCCUCCCGCCGCCGAGCCCCGUGCUGGAGUCCCUUUGGCACAGCCUCUUCACCAUGUCCUGCCAGCGGCGGAGAGCCCUCAACAGAGUGCCUGAGCCGGACCGGCCCCAGCACCGCGGACAGAUCCCGGCUCUGGGCGGACCGGCCCCAGCACCGCGGACAGAUCCCGGCUCUGGGCGGACCGGCCCCAGCACCGCGGACAGAUCGCGGCUCUGGGCGGAACAGCCCCAGCACCACGGACAGAUCCCGGGGUGCCUCCGGGCUCCGCCGGCGGGAGGGAGCUCGGGAGCUCGGCGCCCGCUCCAGCCCCGCUCCGUGCCUUGGUGCCCCGGGUUCCGGCGUACUGCUGGCAGCCCGCUGCGGUAGCGGCACUCAGCUCUGCCGAGAAAUCUCCCCGCACGCAUCGCCACCCACCUUGCUCACGGCGCCAGAAGAGGGCUUGUAUUUGGGCUCAGAAUCUGUCUUCUGUGGAUCGGGAUUUAAAGGCUCGGCCGGUGCCUGGUUACAGUGGUGUAUGAGUUCUACGGACCCCGAGGUGCACUACAGAGUUAAAAAGGAACCUUGGAUCUGUCACGGCGUGGAGGGCUAAAAUAAACUCCAUACAACCAGCAAACCCAAUCCAGGCCUUCCUGCCUCCCUGAAACCAACUUUACACACACACACAACCGUGAGAAUUCCCUCCUUCCUUCAGCGACCGUAGGAUGAGGCAUUUUCUUCUAUCUGGCUCAGGGUAAAAGCGUACCCUGGGGGCAACAACACACAUCUGGCAGGGGCUGAAAGGUUUUAAUCCAGCCUCUACUGCAAUCAACAAUGGCAAAUGAACCAGUGAUUCUGAAUGUUUAUGACAUGUACUGGAUAAACGAAUACACCUCCACCUUGGGGAUUGGUGUCUUCCACUCUGGCAUCGAGAUCUACGGCAGAGAGUUUGCCUAUGGAGGGCAUCCCUACCCUUUCAGUGGGAUUUUCGAGAUCACACCUGGCAGUGCGGUAGAACUUGGCGAGACCUUUAAAUUCAAAGAAUCCAUUGCCUUGGGUACUACAGACUUCACAGAAGAGGACGUGGAUAAGAUUAUGGAAGAGCUGGGCAAGGAAUACAAAGGAAAUGCAUACCACUUGAUGCACAAGAACUGCAAUCACUUUUCUUCUGCUCUGGCUGAGAUAUUAUGUGGGAAAGAGAUCCCCCGCUGGGUGAACCGCCUGGCCUACUUCAGCUCCUGCAUCCCUUUCCUCCAGAGCUGCCUCCCCAAGGAAUGGCUGACCCCAGCAGCCCUGCAGAGCCACAUCAGCCUUGGUCUCCACAAGGAGGAACAAGGGGACACAACGGAUGAGGAGUCCCCCUCCACCUCUGCAGCCCCCUCAGCCUCAGGCACUUCACGAACCUGUAGACAUACACGGGUCUAGACUGCCCAGUUUGCCCCUAAAUAACAUCCCUGCUCUCUUGUUGUAUUUAUUUCUCACACCUUUUCGCACACACUGGUUUCUCUCUUCAACAGACAAUACAGGGGAGGGAAGACCCUUUCCGAUUCAGUCCCUUUUCCAGGGACUGCCACUACAGUUGCUUGGCAAAAUGACUGUGAACCCCAACACAGAACUGAGGACUGUGGUGACUAAACUGUAUUCUCCUCCAGGGGCCUCCAUGAUCCUUGAUCUACAGAGAACUGCUGACUCUCUCAGGCAUGAGAGCAUGUGUAUGGGCAGAGUGCACAUACUGUGAUGUUCCUUCUCUGGAACUGUUUUAUCUUUUUAUCUCUCCCUCUACCCAUUUUAGACCAGCAGUCUCUUCUCUAUUUUGGCUGGGUUUUCCCUUCCCCAGUGACAAAUCACCUGCCCACACCCAGUGAAGGAACCAGAGCCAGAACUCAACCUUCUCAUCUCUCAGACCAGCAACAAACUCCACUCAGAUCCAGCCCUUUUGUAAUUAUCAGGUUUCUAACUCAUGUGAAGGACAAAUGAAAGGUGCUCCUGUUCUACAACCACCUGUUUUCACUACUCAAAUUUAAGAGCUUAAAUGAUUGUCCUGCUCUUGAAAAUAAUAACAAAGAACCUAGAAAAUGAAUGUGUUACUGUGGCUUUUCUUUGAGGUCAAAAAGAGCAUGGGGCUGUGGUGAUUAGAGGCAGCUACUAAGUAGAUGCAGAGAUGACUUGACCAUAUUGGUGCUUUUUGGCACAGAUUCUUCUCAGUUUUCCUAAUCCUAGGCUGUGCUCCCAGUUUCCUUUUUUUCCCCCCAGAUUCCCGGGGGAAUCUCUCUCCUAGCUGACAUUUGCUGGCUGUAUUUGGGGAAAUGGCCUUCCUGAGCACAAGGAAGAAGAGAGUGAAUCUUUUGGAAGCUCCUGGUGUUUCUGUUGGAAAAAUAGUAGAGUCCCUUGGUAAAUGAAUUAGCUCUAUCUCAUUGGAGGAUCUUUUGGACUCCGUGAAUUUACACAAAUAAGAUAUGAUGUUCAGAAACUACAUGGAAAGGUUGACCCAGCUUUGAAAGAAAAACUAAAACAGAACCCUGUGACACUGGAAUCUGAAUAUGAG